AUGCCUGCAUACACUCUGUAUUAUGGCACCCUUAUUCAUUCUGUUUCUAUCAAACAGCUGGAUAUUAUUCAAAAUGGUGUGCUAAUUGUUGAUCAGCAUGGUGUCAUUGCUCACAUUGAAAAAGAUGUUACUAAUCUACAAGAGUUCCUGGAUAGUCAUUCUUACAAGGACAUCGAGAUUCGCAAGCUGGGCGCCGAGCAAUUCCUUGUACCUGGAUUUGUGGAUACGCAUGCGCACGCUCCUCAGUACAUGUUUGCUGGAUCUGGCAUGGAUCUCCAGCUUCUGGAAUGGUUGGAUACACAUGUGUUUCCUUGUGAGUCUGCUUUCAAGAGCGUGGAUCAUGCAUCCGAAGCCUAUCAAAAAGUCAUUACGCGUUUUCUCUCCAAUGGUACCACCACCUGCAGUUGGUUUGCAACCAUCCAUCUCGGUGCCUGCCAAAAGUUGGUCGACAUUAUUCAGCAACUAGGUCAACGUGCGUAUGUUGGUAAAGUCAACAUGGAUCAAAACGCCCCCGAUUACUAUAUUGAAUCCACCGAAGCAAGUUUGGCUGACACUCGCGUUUUUAUCGAAUACGUGCAGUCAAAGAAGUCUGAUCUCAUUACACCCGUGGUGACACCUCGCUUUGCCAUAACUUGCAGCACUCCAUUGAUGAAGGGCCUCAGUCAGCUGGCAGGAGAAUACAAGGUGCCCAUUCAAACACAUUUGUGCGAGAACCAUGAUGAGAUCGACUUUACAUGCAAGCUAUUCAAAUCAAAGGAUUACACCAGUGUCUAUGAUAACCACCAACUGCUGAAUGAGAAUGCUUAUAUGGCGCAUUGCGUACACAUGACAGAUGACGAGAUUGACCUACUGGCUGCACGCAAGACAGGUAUCGCUCAUUGUGCCAACUCCAACUUUUCAUUGCACAGUGGUGUCUGUGAUGUGAGACGAUUCUUGGCCAAGGGCGUUAAGGUGGGCUUGGGAACCGAUGUCGCAGGUGGAUUUGCGCCUUCCAUGCUGGAUGCUGUGCGAUCCACAUUUUUCGCUUCCAAGACACAAAAGAUCAUGCACCGGGAUAUCUUGAAAAACAAGGACUACGUACCCUUGAGUCCCAGCGAGCUCCUCUUUUUGGCUACAUUGGGAGGUGCUCAGGUACUGGGCUUGCAAGACAAGAUUGGUAACUUUGAAAAAGGAAAGGCAUUUGAUGCGCUCUGGGUGGAUCUCGAAGGUGGAUCUGUUGAUUUGAUGGGUGGAGAAACAAUACAUCAAAAAUUAGAAAAGUUCCUAUUCAAUGGUAGCGAACAAAACUUGAAGCAUGUCUAUGUUCAGGGUAGACAAGUGUCUGGUAGAAAGUAA